GGUUUCUCAUAGUCAGCAUUGUCACUGGCGUCCCACUGGAUGUGAAUUCUCCCUGCCCACUGGGUGUGAGUUUUCCUUGCCCUUUUGUGGGUUCUUCCGAGGAUAUCGUAGUCGUAAUGAUUUGUGCAGUCCUUUGAGACAUUUGUGAUUUGGGGCUAUAUGAAUAAACAUUGAUUGAUUGAUUGAUGUUGAGCCGCCAUAACUUUGAAAGUAAUUCAGUCCUCUGGCAAACACACGCAACUGAAAGAUAAUUUGGGUGGUUUCAUGAAUCUUGCCUCCAGAUUGAAGCUAAAACCAAAGUAUGCAUGGAGAAGCAUCAUGUGGAUGUUUGCAACUUACAAGUAGACUUUCUAGGCAAUCACAUGGCCCCAGAUGAAGGCUUCGGGACAGACGAGGCUCAUCGUCACCCGCGGAUCACAAGAUCACUGGGAUGGGGGAUCAUGCAAAACAAGGAACGGAUUUUGCUGUGUGAAAGUCAUGCAUAAUAACAUUUAUGAAAAUAUAAUUGGCGCUGGGAUCAUUGAGAGACGUCCGUGGCGAGCUGGUUGUCCCGCAACAAAACAUUCCGACGAUGAAAAAUAAUGUUUGGAUAAAUCAACAAGUGUUUUUACCCAGUCUACCCCCCCCUCCUUGCAUCCUCAUGUCCUCCUCCCUUGUAUGAUCAGCCCUUGUGCUCACUAGCUUCUUUGUUUGCCCGAGCAUCCCUCACACGCCUUGACUGGAGACAGCGCCCAAUAGAGCCUCGCUUGUCGAAAGUAGUUUUGCGUAGCGUGGUCCUUCACCACGGCCUGAAACUGGAGACCUUAGAGCAGUUACCCGAGCUGCCUGAGGCAUGACUCUCCGGAGGCCAGCUGCUUACCUGCCGACAGGCUGGGGGAGAUCCAGAGAUGAGUCCCACUCUGAGACUCUUAGCUCCGAGGGGGAGAGAUUGUCCUGUCGUUCGCUUCCUCGUCCACGGCCUCGAAGUGCCAUUGAAGGCGGACAACUGGACGACUGGCUCCAGCACCAUAACAGAAUGCAGACUGACCACGAUAAAACUCCAGCUUCGAGCGGUCGGACCACUGUCACGCCUAAUCUUGAUAGAGAAGCAAGUAGACGGACCUGGAGACCGUACAGGAGUCCCUCCUUCAGCGGGGUCUCGUCUUCAUGCGGGAGCCAUUGGGCCAGCUCAGUGGGCAGCCAAGAGUCCAUCCAAAGUGAGUUCUUUGUCCCUGUUGAGCGCAGAGGGAGUUUGGAAAGGGUUCAUAUCACGCAGACGCCCAAGAAGGAACAGUCUCAGGUCAGUUUUCUGGCUCCUGUGAAGACUGGAUGGCUCCCAGUCCAGAAACGAGUAAUGAUGGUGGAGGGUCCUCUGAACCAAAGCCAAAUGUCCACGCUUCACUCUCCAACUCAGAUGAAACUGAAGCAACCCAUCACUCCGACAUUUCAGAAGAGUCGAGGAGGCGUCGACUUGCACCAAGACGAGGGUAGAAGUCACAGGAAGACGUGGCGGACACAUGACCAAGGCUCUCCUGUCAUCAAACAGGUGCCGGAUAAACGGAGCUGUGAGUCCGAAAAACCCAGAAUUUGGCAUGCUCUGAGAAGAAGCUGGAAUAGUAACCGGUCCUCGGAACCUCCCCACAGUCGGAAAGAACCCCCUGAGCGUAGUCCUCAGGCAAAAUCCGAGUUCAAGCUGUUUGUCCCCCUGCGCAGGGCGAGCAGCGGGCAUCCGGUGAUGCCGCCGGCCCAGCCGCCAAGGCGUAACAGCCUUCAACCCUCGCACAUCCAGACCAGCUCCGCCGCCACCACCCUCGUCCCCCGCAACAAAGUGGGCUUCUCCUCCAUCACCAUCUCCAGCAGGAAAGUGGUCAGAUCUUCCAGUCUCACCACGUACGACCGCCAAUCUUCGCCCGGGGAGCCCAUGGACCAAACCUCCGUUGGGUUCCAGAGGAAGCCCACCAUCGUCAAAGUGGUCGAGCAGAGGACCACGCUCAGCCCCCGUCCGGCUUCUGCGGACACGGUGGUCCACCGGAGAAAGGCCGCCAUCAUUAAAGUCACCGAGCACAAGGGGAGCUACAGUCCAGCUAAGCAACCGGAGGACGCAGAUGCGUCACGGAGUCAAGGACGCCACCUCGAAACUAAUCCAGAGGUUCUGAGACUUCUCGUCCCUCCUCCUUCGGAGCUCCCUGGACAAAAACCCAAGAGACCGCUGAGCUGUCACGGCGAUGUCUUCCCGCUCGGCGACAAGCCAAGCGAGGAGUCCGUCCCGCCGCCGGCUGUCAGGAAAUGGAGCUUGGGGCUCCCUCAGGAGGCGGGGCAACGCAACCCCGCCAACUGGAACCCCCUGGGCCCGGCGAAAGGUGCAGGAGACGGCCGGAAGCUGAGGAAAGACGAGUGGAGGAGGUCGUCUCCGUGUCUCACGCUCAUUCAGACUCCCGAGCCUCAUCAGUCCCCAGAGGACGUCCUGGCCCUCAACGCAGCCGCCAUCAUCGCAAACAUCAAACUCCAGCGGCAGCUUAGUCAGAAGAAAACAUCACACCGCAAUUUGGAGGGUGAAUCCGCAGCCUCCCUCCAGGGAAAUCCAGACGGAGGAGAACACGAAAAGAAGAAUCCCGUCGACGGAGGCCAUGACGUGGGGCGAGACACACUUCCUGUCCCGCCCAGUCCUGACCUCCCAACACCACUUGAGACUAUUUCUCUACAGGAAGCACUGAGGAGGUCCAGGCCACACUUCAUCACUCGCUCCCAGGAACGAGUGCAGCAGCUGGGACGUAAAGCCCAGGAGAGGAGGCAGCGAUCCAGGACCGCGGGCCCACAAACGCAUGCUCCUCGCAGGCAGAGAGGAGCCCAGAAGGCCUGGUCCACCAAUGGUCAUCUGUCCAAACCUACAGAGGGAGUCUCUGCUGCUGCUUCAGGGAAAGCCAAAGAGCUUCGGACAAAUCGCCUUCUUACUGAGGUGAAGAAGAAAAAGGAGGAAGAGAAGAAGAAAAAGGAGGCGUGUUUGACCAAUAGACAGCGUGUGGAGCUUUUCAAAAAGAAACUGUUGGAUCAGAUUCUUCACAGAAGCAGCAGCUGAAUGGGAUGGUAAUUAGUUUAUGCAGAAGUUGUUUUUUAAGUGAUAAUAAUUUAAAAUAAAAAAAAUGGCAGUAUGUUUAAAUAAUGAGCAGCAGCAAAAUAAAAAAUAUAAUAAUUGAAGUAUUUUAGCUUUCAGUUUUUGCUGUUUUCAUGACAGAAAGUGUCGUUUUUGUCUCAUUUUGACUCAAAAUGGAAUCGUGUUGUGGACAAAUGUGUUGGGUCGAAUGGCUUUGACUCCGAUUGGUCCAUUUGUGUGGACCCGAGAGAGGCCCCGCUGGCUGCUGACGGGGACCCCUAAGCACCAAACUCCUCCGAGCAGACGCGAGCAUGCAGUCGUCACGGAGUGCCAGCUAUUACUCGGCAAGAUGGCGGAAUGUGAACUCUUCUCCGCUCGCCAUGUUAAUGAACAGUGGACGCUUGAAUGGCGCCUUUGUCAAAGCACACACACACACACACACACACACACACACACACACACACACACACUCACAAACACACACACACACACACUCUUGUAUUUCUGACCUUCUGGGGACCUCUGAAAAAUGCCCACCUUUUUAGGAACAUCCUUUCUAGAUUUAUAAAGUUUUGUAUUUCCAUCCAUCCAUC